AUGCAUCAUUCGUCGUCGAGCGCGCUCGUUCGCGGUCAAGCAAAGUCGGUGCGAAACUUGACGCGAAAGACGCGGUUGGAACAAAAAUGCGAAGCCCGCAAGCGCCGCGCAACAUCUGAUGUGCUCAUGACGUUCUUCCAGCCCGACGAAGUGCGCCAGAGCCGCCACGUCGAGCUGACGACCGAGAUGAUGGACGGUUUGCCGCUGCUUGUCGUCUCCAAGAAGGGCAACGUCGGCACCAAAUGGCUCUUUCUCGAUGGGACCUUGACCAAAAGCUCACUCAGGUGGUCCUACUUCGGCAAACCGUCGAAACCACGAUUCAAAGGCGUCGAAAAGCAGUCCACGGAGCUGAGCUCUAUACUUGACGUGACGCCGUAUACGGACGCCUUGCCUGCUGGCUACAAGAACUUGGCGCGGCUGCGCGCCCAUCACGAGAAGCACCUGACCCUUCGCACCAAAAAGACUACAACGCCAAUCGAUGGGACCGAC